GACAUCAACCGCUUGCCACUAUCCAUGGGCUUCCCAUGGGCGGUCAGCUGUUUUUUGUUUUUUAAAAAAGUUCCGGUGAACCUCCGUGCAGUUCCGGGUUGGGUCGAAGUGGGGUGGGAUGGGGUCGACGGCGUGCAUUAUGUAACAAACCCUAAGGGCCUGAAUGAGCUUGAAAUUAAGUGAGCCUGCACAUAUGCGAGCACAAAUCGGCCAGCAGCAGGGACGUGGGGGUUCCGGGAACCCCGGCUACGGGGAUGAAGAUCCCAGCGGCGUGCCUAGCGCGAGUGGAUGGCGGUGACAUUCCGGAAGUCAACAGCCUUGGGCAACGGCUGGAGACCCCAACACAACUGGAGGCUCAGGUCCUGGGCUUGGGAGCCGUGCACCAAUACGUGUAUACUCUGCAGCUGAAGAAUCGGCCACCAGAGGCACAGCCGGUGGCCGUGACCGUACACGGCAUUGCGGUGGCAAACCCGCCGCGGCAGCAGCUGUAUGACAUGCUGCCGCGGCACCCGGACCAGUUGGGUGAGACUAUCUCACUUGUGUGCCUGGAUGUGGUGCGGGACCGGCGGGAGCUGGAGGAGCGACUAGCCAGCGCCCGGGUUCUGCAUGUGCGAACUCGAGUGCUGGUGGCAUGGGCGAACUACCUGGCGGACAUCAGCACUGCCGGCGCUGUGGACUUGGAGGCGCUGGCAGCAUGGCAGGCGCAGCACCCUGAUGAUGCAGUCCCGGCAUCGCUGGUCGAGAGCGUGGUCGCUCCUGCCAACGACUGCACCGAAGCGCUGGUUCGCGGCGCGUUCAUGCAUGACCGCGCCGGCAACUCCAGCGUUCGAGAGGCGAACAUGGGCACGGAUGUGGCAGGUGCUACAUGCUCACCUGCCGGUGUAGCUGAGGACUUGUCGGUCCGGGCGGCGUUCUAUCCCAUCGGCAGCGCAGCUGGCAUGCGCCGGAUGGUGGAGACCAGCGCUGCAUCUGUGGAGCAGGCGUGCCUUGAAGAGUUGGAAGUUGUCCUCCCAGUUGGGCCGCCUCCUACUGGCCCCCACGAGGUCAGACAGCCGGACACGGCCACGGCCAUCGAAGAGCAACUGACCCGUGAGAAGCGAUUGGUGUACUGUGCUGGUGGACGAGGUGCAAAGGUGUUGCCUCACGCCGCAGAUGACGUGCUGGCCGCCUGCUUCCCCACAGCUUUCCCGCACACCGCUGGAGGCCGGCGCCCCAUGGGCAUGUCGAACACGGCCUUCUUCCGCCACGUGUCGGCGCGCGUGCCCCGUGCACAGUUCAGCGGUAACCUCCCCAUGCUGGCCCGGAUGCUGGACGUCCUGCACCUUGAAGAGUCCCGGCGCAACACGUUUGUCACUGCCAAGACGUGCGGCAAGGACGUGACUACAGUGGGCUACAUCCCCCGUGACAUCAUUAAGUCCGUGGCCACAGUUCUGGCACUUCCGCGCCGCCACCCUGAACGGCAGGCGGCGCUCAAGUCCUCGUCGCCGCUCGUUCGAGCACUGGUCACCACCAUGCAGCGCACAGCGGGGCGGAUUGACAUGACCGACGCCUACUAUGCCAACGCCCAGUCCAGCCUGCGGUUUGUGAAUGCCGCCAUGGGCCCGCCGCUGUUGGCAUUCAACAUCAACCCCGCUGACAUGCACAGUGGAGCUGCUAUCGUGGCGGCUGGCGAGGUGGUCGAGUUUGGUGACGACGGUGCACCCGCACGGGUGGACACGGUCACCAGGCGCUGGCAACGCGUCAAGGAGAACCCGCACGCCUGCAAGGCACUGCUAAAGGCAGUGGUGGCCGCGGUCAUGGAGGUGCUCUUUGGAUGGAAGAUGGGCGCGCGCCAACAGGAAAACCCUGGCUGCUUCUGUGGUGUCGUAUUCCACGUCACCAUCAAGGUUGAGCAGAGCGGCCGGCUUGCCCUCCACAUCCAUGGCCUGGCGCACCUGGCUGCGUUCACAGUGGAGCGCAUGCGGGAGCUGUUUGAGGGCCCCAACUGCCGUGCACUGGCGCUUGCUCAGGCGCUCUGCGCCAUGUGGUACCCCGAGCCGUACUAUGACCCCAAGGGCGCCGAUGUGCUUGUGUACGGCUCGUACCGCCCGGUUGGUCCCAGUGGCGGCGUGGUGCCCUGGCGCGUCGCGACCAUCUCUGGCAGCAGCGGCAGUCCAGCAUUGGACGCAGCAGUGGCACCGGUGGUGGAAGCCGGCAACACGGCUGCAGACGCCAUGUGCGAUGACCUGCCUGGCCCACCUGAGGUUCCUCCGCCCGCCGUGGACCGCCUGCCGCCUGCUGCUCACGACUUCGGCAUCAUUGCUGGCAGCCGAUUGGCGCAGGGUGCUGCCAUGGCUGGCGGCGAGCUAGGCGUGAAGCGCCUGAUCCGGAAACGCUGCGCCCGGCACCUUGCGACGGUCACGGCCACCACCAACACCCACUGCCACAGCGACACCUGCAAGCGUCACGGAUGCGCGGGCGUGGACGGGGACUGUGGCAUGGAGUACCCCAGGCUGGUCCGCCGGCGCUUUCAGUGGAUCGGCAGUGGUGGCCUGUUUGCGCUGCCCCGCUAUGGCCGCAACAUCGUGUCUCAUAUGCCGGCCGUGUCAAUGGCGUUUGGCGCAAACAACAACUUCACGCUGGCGUGUGAGGUCGACCGGCAGCUGACUGAGGAAGUGGCCACCGAGCUGGACCGGCCGCCAGUUGAGCAGGACCCCGCAGUGGUGGCGCCUGUCACCAUGCCCGCCCAGCUCCGCGCGCACCUGAGCUCGUACUAUGCCUGCAAGUACGUGUGCAAGCCAGUCCCAAGCAGCCAGGCGGCAAACCUGAUCAAGGCGCUCGCAGCAACACGGGAGUUCCUGGCUGCUCCGGGUGCGGCCCUUGGAGGGUACGCGCCCACGGUGGAGAACCCAGCGGCCCGGGGCUUUGGCAACGUGAUGGCGGCCGUCAACCGCCUCACGAUCAGCGUCACUGUUGGCAUGGCCAUGGCGUCCUACCGGCUCGGCGGCGACGAGACCAUCGUGACCACGUACCAGACCACUAUCCUCACACACGGCGCGUUCGCCGCACUCGCGGCGGCAGGCGCACCCGGCGCUGGCGACAGCCGCUGGGAGGGGAAGGAAGGUGGAGUAGACACCAUCAUCGUGAUCCCCGACGAGGAAGAUGACGGCCCAGAUGCGCCGGCCGCCGCCGUGACUUGCGUGUCCCACUACCGGCUGCGGGGCCCGGAGCUGGAUGGGCCCGAGUGCAGCCCCUUCACGCUGGCCAUGACGUACGAGUUCAAGCGUCUCAAGGCUGGGUUCCAUCCCGCCAUGCCGCCGGCCGCAAAGCGGCCGCGGCCCGGCAGCACCCGUGAUGUGCCACCAGCAGUUGCGGCUGCAGUGGGGCCAGCAGCGGGCCUCCCCGAGCCAGAGGACUCAAGCACCGCCGGAAAUGCGGCACAGCAGCAAACCUUCCGCGGCACCACCACUGCAAGCCGUGUCGUGGCUUUGGCUGCAGAUCAUCCCUGGGUCACAACACAUGCCCAUCAUCGGUUUAAACAAGCGCGCUUUGUGCGGCUGUUGGGGCCCAUCCCCCGGCGCCCGCCUGCGGACGACUGUGACAGCCCCGCGGCGCAGGAGUAUUAUGCGUUCGUGCUCGGGGUGUUCAAGGCCUACCGCACCAGCCCGGUGCCGCCUGGCAUGACGCUGCGCGCAGCAUAUGAGGACUGGCUCCAGCGCAUCCUGCCAUCCGCGGGUGCAGAGUACGCGGCGUUCAUCACUUCCUACCUCGACGGUCUAGAACGGGACCAUGAAUGCCGUGCAUACCUGACCGAGGAAUACAACCGGCGGCGGCGGGAGGGCAGGGCGGCAGGACGUGACCACACCAGCAGCGACCAUGACACCGAUGAAGAUGCCCCAUUGAGGCAGGGCCGUGUGCAAGACGUUGGCGGCCGUGAUGAGGAGGGGGCGGCGGAUGGAGCUGGCGCGGCACCUGAUGACUCUGACGAGGAACCAGCGCGGGGCAUGGCGGCAGCAGGGGCGGGCGGCGAACUAUCCGCGUUCGACCUGCAUCUGCGGAAUCUGGACCUGAUGUUUGACACCGGGAACGAGGGCAGAUAUGCGCUGGGUGCUGCGCGCGCCUGCGCUGCCCCAGACCUGCAGCCCAAUGCUGCUGCCCCUUUGGGCUACGUCCGGGCAGCCAAUCUGGAGCUGGCGAGCGCCCUGCGGCGAGCAUGCCAGGAGCUGAAGAACUACCGCGCCUGCAACUUUGCAGAGGCAGUCGCAGAAGUCGCCGGUCCAGUGACUGGCGCCGCCGCAGGCCCGUCUGGUUCAAAGCCGGCGCAGGCAAGGACGAUGCGGCUGGCCCGCGAGCGGGGCGCCACGUUCGCGGUCAUCUCUUGUGAGGGGCCAGCUGGCGCCACCAUCGACACGCGGCUGGCGCCCGGAAGCAGGCCGCCCAUGAUCAAGCUGCCUGAGCGGCCGUCAGUGGUGGACACCAUCAACCUGUUCACGCUGGCCGCCGACCAGGCCGUGCCCUUCAUGGUGCUGGCGGACUGCUUCAACCGCCGGAACAGUGCCCAGCCUGGUGAGCCCCCGCAGAUGAAGGUCAUGGGCGGGCCGGGCACUGGCAAGAGCCAGUUCAUGCAUGCGCUGCUUUGGUACACCUUCCAGCACGACGACCCGGAAUGGCUGGCGACUGCAUCGUACGCGUGGACCGCCACCCUCGCGUUCACCACGCCAUACCACCGCUCCCUAUCUACACACGGCAUGUUUGGCGUCGGCCUCGGCAACGUGCUGGCCCCGAGGAGGCAGCAUGAGGUGCGGUCCAACAUUGCGCACGGUGGCAUUGCCAUCGACGAGAUCGGCUACAACAGCCAGGAGCACCUGCGCGCAUGCAACAGGUCCGCUCAGAGGGCCUUGGAUCCCCCCGACCACCUGGACCCCACCAGCCGGUCGCUGGCCGCAUUUGUUGGCCGCCCGGUCGCACUGGUCGGGGAUCUGUUCCAGAACACGCAGCCAAAGGGCACGCCCAUUUACAAGUGGGCGGCGCGUGUCGAGGCGGACCCGUCUUUCUCCCCCCGCAAGCUGGCGGCAGAACUUGCAGCUGCAGAAGAGGCCCGAAAGCAGGCGGCAGCGUCCACGGCAUCAGCGUCCAGCCCGCCCACUCAACACGUCAAGGCGCCGGUCACCAGCAAGGCGCCGAGCACUGGCAAGGACAAGGGCAAGCACCAGGGCAAGGGCAAGGACAAAGAUGGUGACGACCAGGGCCAAGGCAGUGCCGGAAAGGUGUCUGGCCUGAGCGAGAAUGCCAUGACGGGGUUUGAGGUGUACCGCACGGCAACGGACGUGUUCAUGCUGGAGAAGCAGCAGCGGCAGGACAGCUCCCAGGGCGGCCGGGACUUGACGGCAUACUCCAAGUUCUUCAAUGGACAGCGUCCGGCGGACACGAGCCUCAUACGGGCGUUCGUGGAGACGCUCAACAAGCGCGUGUAUCCGCAGGCCUGGGCCCGCAAGUUCCCGCGCGUGGUUCUGCAGCGCAAUGCACCACGGCACGUCAUCAACACCCGGCUGAUGCAGCGCGCGGCGCAGCUUGCCGGCAAACGCCUGGUGGUGUGGAAUGCGGCGCACGUUCGGGCACGCGAGAAGGGGCAGCAGGAGCAGCCGGCGCCGUUGAGCGCGCUGGAGGAGCUGGCCUGCUUGCGCGAGGACGAGAACCGCUUCGGCAAGCUGACGCCGGACACGUGGUACUUCGAGGGCGCUCCCUUCAUCUGCACACAAGCCCAGGGCGUUGAGGCGGGCUCCUGUGUCAACAACCUUGUGCGUGCGGUGGGGCUCAUCACCGACCCCCGCGAGCCGCCAGACACCGGGCGCGGCACCCACUGGCGGCUCAAGUACCUACCCGCCGCGGUGCUGGUGGUGCCGGUGAACACUGACACGCCCCAUGACAUCCUGGGCGAUGCCUUUGCCGACCUCGGCACGGCCGGCGCGUUCCCAGUCACACCCGUCACCUGCAAAGAUGCGGCCAAGGUGGAGCCUGUCAGGGGCUCCGGAACCAUCCGGGUUCGGCGCCGGAACCUGCCGCUUGGCGAUGCCUUUGCGGUGACCGAUUUCUUUGUGCAAGGCGCCAGCUUUGGUGACCGCCGAUGGGUGGUGGACCUGCUGCCAACGCCCAUGCCCAAUGGUGGCGGCAUCUGCACAUCUCGUGCCUGCCUGUUCGUGGUGCUGACGCGGUACCGGAGCAUGGACGACGUGCAGCUGCUCCGUCCGCUGUUCACCAACUCACUGGAGCGGGACCUCGUGGUAAAGUCCUUCCUCCAAGCCACCCAGCUGCCGGAUGACCUGGCGGCCGAGGACCGCCUGCUGCGGCGGCAGGCCCGGGCCACACGACUGAAGUACAAGCACCUGUUUGAGCAGGCAGCGGCGCUGGAGGCAGCGCGCGCCAGUGGCGUUCCUGCUGAAGGUGUCUUUGGCCUCCCCACUCCUGAGAAGAACGCAGGGGACAUGGCUGCGGCGAGCCGUGAGGCAACAGUUACAAGUCCACCCCUGCCAACGUCAGGCAUGCCCACUGGCACCGCCCCCGCCCUUCCAGCUGGCCCCCGGCCUCCUGUCCUACCAGGCUCUCCAAUGCAGCUGGGCCAGCCACAUGGCGGUGUGCCAGGCGUGGGGCCACAUCCGUUGGACACUUCGCCGGUGGCUUCAGUAUCUGGCGGGCUCCCGGCGGGCGGCGCGUCUGGCGCCGGGCACGUGGAGCACUCAGAGGACGUGGACACCGCAUGUUACGUGUGUGGGCGACGGGACGGCGCAGCCUUCAUUCUCAUGUGUGACGGGGUCACUUGUGCCGGCGAGGAGUGUGCACGCGGCGCGCACACAUUCUGCCUGCAUACCUUGCCAUGCACACCCGCUGGCAAGUGGUAUUGCAACCGCUGCCAGGGCAGUGCUUCCACGGCUGUUGACGUGGAUGCGCCUGUGGUGGAAGCAAGCAGCGGCCGCGAUGAUCCGGAGAUGGAAGCCAUUCUCCGCACAGUGAAUACGGGGGACGCCAGCAGGCAGCUUGUCCGGUUCCGCCCAAACCCGGCCCUUGACCUGCAGCUGACCGCCGGAGUGAUGCGGACCUUAUCCAAGCCAGGCGCGGACGUGCAUUGUGAUGUCAUGGAAGUGCUCUUCCGUAUGUUACAGGUGUUUAACAAUGACCUUCACGGCAGGCGCAUCCAGGGAGUGCCGCGGUGUUACUUCAUGGGCACGUACUUCUUGGACAGGCUCGUCCCUGAUCUACCCCACGGCUCGUCGGUUGUGUUUGAGAACGUGUCUCGGUGGACAUCACUAAGAAGUCUACGGCGGAACCUGCUGGCCGGUGCAGAGGAUGGGCUUUGGUCGGUUGACCGGAUUGUGGUGCCCGUUCACUGGCCUGACGUCAGCGCGCAAGAGGCUGACAAGGCAGCUGUUGAGGAGGCGGCUGAAGCAAGCGCGUCAGCCGCAGUGCCAGCCACGGAGCCCCGUGCGGCUACGCGCACAUCUGCACGGCUGAAAAAGCCUAUGGCUGCCGGGCACUGGAUGUGUGGCGUCGUGGACCUGUCAUCCAAGCGUGUGGAGGUGUACGACUCGCUGGGGCCAUCGCAAGACAACGCCAAGGUUGGCGGCCUGCUACUGCAAUGGGUGAAGCUGGCGUCGGUGGCGGCGCAGCGGCCAAUUGCAGAGAGUGAGUGGAGCAUUGUGCGACCUGCUGACGUGCCGCGGCAGCGGAUGCGAGACUGUGGGGCCUACACGCUGCUAUUUGCAUACUGCAUGGCUCGUGGGCUGAACGUGCCUGCACGCGACACUCCCAUUGACAUGAAAGCCGCGAGGCAAGCCUUCACGUACAUGCUCAUGACGGGGCGCGUGGGCCUGCGCCCCCUUCCUGUUGGUUGACAGAGGUGGAGAGCAGUCAGGAACUGCUUUAAGAUUUCAAUCAUGGUAGACACUGCAAAUUUGUAGCUGUGGAGGAGGGGGGGUCGCUCCCCGGCAGGGGGGCCUGCAACGGACACACGGCAAUCCGGGUCGGGUCGGGGCCGGGACGCAUGGCACUCGUCCGGGUAGUGGGCACGGCACGGCGCCUCACAAGCCUGCAAUUCCGGUUUUGCAAUGUUUUUGCUGCGCUGUUUUGGUUGCCAGCUCGGCUAUAGUGCAUACACAUGUACGUAGAGUUGGAUUCUACUUGGGGCGCGCGGCCGAAGUUCAGGCCCAUGGACGGAACGGUCACAGUAGUGCAGAGAGCAGGUGUUGAGCAGGCUGGCGAUUGCAAACAAUGCAUGAUUGAAGCACACGCCGCUGCAAGCAAUACGCAUUUUGCAAAUAAUCAAGGCGGGCUUGUCGAGUUGUCUGAUUCAUAGUUGUAGCUUGCCCGCAACAGCGAACGUCGUUUCACAUAGCCGUGGAGGAGGGGGGGUCGCUCCCCGGCAGGGGGGCCUGCAACGGACACACGGCAAUCCGGGUCGGGUCGGGGCCGGGACGCAUGGCACUCGUCCGGGUAGUGGGCACGGCACGGCGCCUCACAAGCAUGCAAUUCCGGUUUUGCAAUGUUUUUGCUGCACUGUUUUGGUUGGCAGCUCGGCUAUAGUGUAUACAGAUGUACGUAGAGUUGGAUUCUACUUGGGGCGCGCGGCCGAAGUUCAGGCCCGUGGAUGGAACGGUCCCAGUAGUGCAGGGAGCAGUUGUUGAGCUGGCUGGCGAUUGCAAACAACGCAUGAUUAAAGUACACACCGUUGCAAGGAACAAGCAUUUUGCACAUCGAAUCAAGGCUAGGUAAAUGGGACGCGGCGGCACAGUGAUGUUGGGCCGGUGAGAGCUUGGUUGUUAUGUGGAGGGCUUGGUGGUGGCUUGUUGGCCGUGCAAGAUGCCUUAGGGAACACCAACACAAGCAAGUUUUUGCGGGGUUGACUGAUGCGAUGCCCAGGGGACAGCGACAGUGUGGAGCGCCCACCUCGUGGGUGAUGGAAGGUAUGCGGGGAUGAAAGUGAUGGAACACCCGCCCUGUCACAACCUUGACUCUU